AUCAACUUUUCAGUACCCCUGUAGGUGGUAGCCUCGUCCAACACCUUGCAUCUCGAACAAACGGAGAGUUGCUUCGUUCCAUUCCUCGACAAACACCGCCGUCGAGGCCGCAAAACCACCGUAAAAAUGGCGAUACCUUGGGGGACCAUCAAGUCCCUCGUCAUCUUCUUCGGCCCCCUCCUCCUCCCCAAAGCCAUCGGCUACUACCGUCGCGUGCGCGCCGCACCACGUAUCCAUGGCCUCAAAGUCCGCCCUCUCCCCGCGCCCAUCACCCGCGCCAUCGCCAUCCUCCUCGCCGUAGCCGCCGUCUUCCUCGUCCGCACCCUCCCCAUCUUUUCCCCCGAAAACAUCUUCCAAACCACCCAAUCCCGCCUCCAAAUCCCCGCCGACGUGCUCUUCAACCGCCUCUCCGCCCUACGGCCAGGCAACACCCUCACCGCAACCGACCUCGCCCUGCGCGCCAAGUUCGCCUCGCUCGAAUCCCGCCUGCUCUACCUCCAGCACGGCCCGUCCGUGCUGGCCACCUGCCCCUUCUGCACCUCGGACGAGCCGCGCUCCUACCUCUACUACGCCAUCCCGGACAUGCUCGCACCGCACCUCUUCAACCUGCUCAUAAUCGCCUUCGCCACCUCCUCCCUCUUCACCAGCCAAUCCCUGGCAGCCGCAUCCACCAGCCGCUUCCGGUCGGCCGCCUCCCUCGCGGCCGUGGGCUUCGCCUUCCUCGACCUGUACUGGGUAGCCGCGUACAACCACACAGCCAACGCGCGAGCAUUACGGCUCGGCGAGAUCGACGCCUUCUUCUGGACGGCGCGGGCGGUGCGCUACGGCGCCGCCGCGCUGGUGGACGCGCUGCUCGCGCUGCUGCUGUACCUGGCGGCGACGCACCGCGCCUUCGUCACACCGCCGUCGCCGGCCGAUCGGGUGGACAACGUGGCGCGCGCGCUGGGGACCAUUAAAGGGGUGGUUAAUGCCGCUGGGGUGGUCAAGAAUACGGUGCUGCGGGAUGAGGAGCUGCGGGCGCGGAGCAUGUCGUAUUGGGCGCAUGAGGUGCGGCUGAUGCGGGAGAUGAUGGAGGAGCGCGAGGUGGUGGAGGGGGUGAAUGAUGCGUUGCUGAAUCGGAUCGAUAUUCGGGGGAUUGAGAGGGAUGCGGAGGUUUACGCGAAGGCCGUGUUGAUGCCGACGGGGGAGGUGAAGGAAGAGGUCGUUGGUUGACGGUGGAUGUUUGAAUAUGUCUGUUCUAGCGUAUUUUAGACUCGGCGUUUUCGAAUUCAAGUCAUUUCCAGCCUUUUACCGUGUACUUACACAGUAAUCCUUAAUCUUCUUGUACCUGAGGCAUGACUAGUCGAAUAGACAGACUUAUCAACCUCAUAUGCGCAGCGCACUUCUGCAAACUCGCAUCCACAGCAAGAAGUGAAUCCAUGAUAUGAAGCCGAGUUCAAUUCUCUCAGCCACUCUCAGUUCCCCCCGAACCCGAACAGUGCUAUUUAUCUAGCCCGGCCGCCUCCCCGCUCGCAACGCCACUAUAACUAACACCUCUUACUCUAGACACAAUAUCGAUAGAUGCAACGGGCUUUUGAUCCUUCCCACAACCGCAGUCCUGCAUGCCAUAUCUCUAACACCCUAACAUCCCACCACCACCCCCCAACUCAACUAUGCCCCCUCGUAUCC